AUGAACAAACAAACUUCACUCAUGUUUUGCUUUACGCUGAUCUUCAUUUUUGCCUUCUCUUCAUCGGUUAAUGCCAUGCCAAAGGGAAUCGAAAAAAGACAAUGCACUCAAGUCACCCGCUCUUGUAUAAUGCAAAGCCAACAAAUUCCUAAUGCCAGAGUUGAUUUUCAACAACAACCUGAUUGUAGUGUGUUUGUCCAAGGAUCUCUCGAAUUUAUUCCAUCCGUAGUUCAGAAAUCUUCUGCCUUUGGUGACUACGAUCUCCACGUUGUCGUAAACACUAAUAAUGUAGACAAAUCCGCGACCAAAUACGAUCUGGAAGAUAUUAUCAUUCCAAAUGACGGUGGACAAGAUCUUGUUAAUUCGCCUUUUGCAAACGUUUUUGAUGGAAGUGUGUUUCCCUCGGAUUUUUUUACUGGCCCAACUCAAUACUUUUGUGAAGUUGCAUAUGACCCAAAUGGUGAUGAAUUUCUUGCAUCUGCCCCGAUUUUACCUGCACCCUAG